AUGGACGCCAUAAUACAGGCCAUAAGUAGGUCAACUGGAGUUAAGCCAGAUGUUUUGGAGGGUGGAGUCAACCUCUUUGGCGCGUAUCCGUUUGCUGCGUUAUAUUUACUUUUACCACGCUCAACACCUCCUAUCUACCGUCACAUCUACUCAAUCGUCGUGGCAUCAAUUUUGACAAGUUCGACCUUCAGCAUGUCGACUGUUUUGCAUAUGGUCGCUAUGAGUGCGACCACGUAUCUCACUGUCCAUAUACUCAAAACUCCGUACAUGCCCAUACUGCUGUUUCUCUUCAAUAUGGGAUACUUGGCUUGCAAUCUGAUAUAUUGGCAAAUUUUGGCUGCCUCGUCGGCGCAGUUUGAUCAGACAAUCCCACUCAUGGUUUUGACAAUCAAGUUGACUUCGUUUGCUUGGAGUGUGCAUGAUGGGCAGAUGCCAAUAGAGACCUUGUCGGCACAGCAAAAGACGGCUAUGAUAAAGGACAUACCCGGCAUUAUAGAAUUUGGAGGCUUUGUUACAUGGUUUCCAUCAUUUAUGGUUGGACCAGCUGUAGAUUUCCACGACUACCACAACUUCACACACGGUCUACCACCAUUCAACAAUAUCCCAAGUACGAUAAUACCAGCACUAAAGAAACUAGUAUCUUCCUUUUUCUUUAUGGGACUCUUCCUGUACAUUGGUCCUAAAUUCCCUUAUCGAGUCAUGGCAACUGUAGAGUUUGCAAGCACAUACUCUUUUCUUGGUAAAUUCGGGUAUCUGACUGUUGCAGGCUUUAUGGAACGAUGCAAGUAUUAUGUAGCAUGGGGUCUAUCCGAUGGAGCUUCCACGCUAACAGGUUUCGGAUAUGGUGGUAUGAACAAGGACGGAACGCACGACUGGACUCGUGCGCAGAAUGUCAAUCCGGUAGAGUUAGAGACGGCUGAGAAUGCUAAAGCUAUAUUCGAGUCAUGGAAUAAAAAGACAGCGUAUUGGCUCCGUCAUUGUGUAUAUGAACGUAUGUUGUAUAGGGGAGAUAAGAUUAAGGGAUGGGCGACGCUUGCUACCUUCAUAACGAGUGCAUGCUGGCAUGGCUAUCACGGAGGCUACUACUUUGGUUUCGCCUCAGGCUCCUUCAUCACCAACUCUGGCCGUAUCGCUCGUCGACACUUCCGCCACCUCUUUCUCCCACCAUCAUCCCUCGCCCCUUUCAAACCCAUCUACGACUUUCUCGGCUGGGCAAUAACAAUAACCCUCACAAACUACUCGACAAUCCCCAUCGUAAUGUUUGCUCUCGACACAUCCUUCAAAGCCUGGAAGAGCUUCUACUUUAUCCCGCAUAUAAGUAUGCUGCUAGUCAUGCUGGGAUUCAAUUAUCUGGGCUGGGGGAGGUAUACGCAUCGUUUGAGUCGCGUGUUUGGUGCGGUGGAGCCUGGUGUGAAGAAACGUGGUGGUGGUGAUGGGAAGGAUACCAGCAAAGAUACCAGUAAUAGUAAUAGUAAGCAUAGUAAUGGCCUCAAACAAGCAUCGAAUGGCCAUCAUACGAAUGGCAAUGGUGCCUCAAGCAAUGGGACGGGAAAGAUGACUGAUAAGGAAGUGUAA